AUGUCGAUACAAACUAUCAAACGGGAAUAUCCGCUACCACAAGCGGUAGAGCCAUAUACUCCAGAACCCGAAAAUGGAGAACAAACUGAUAAGAAACAAAAGCCGUCAAAGAAAGGAGGUGCACGAACUAACUUGAAGACCAUACGAGCUCCUGGGUCUAGAUCUGACCGUGUUGCCCAAGCUUGUGAUCGGUGUCGAGCAAAGAAGACAAAAUGUGAUGGCGGAGAUCCUUGUUCAACCUGCUCAGCUGUGGGGUUAAAAUGCAUAGUUUCUGACAAAUUAAGCAGAAAGGCAUUUCCCAAGGGAUACACCGAAACUUUAGAGGAAAGAGUCAGACACCUUGAAGCGGAAAUCAAAAAGUUGGUUGGUAUUUUGGAUAUGCGAGAUGAACAACUAGAGUUGUUGGGAGGUGCAAAAAGCAAUACAAGUUUGAAUGAGUCUAAGUCUGGCACAGACUCAAGCCAGGAUCAUAAGAUUACAACUUCAAACUUGAACUUGCUAGAUCAAGAGAAUCAGAUGCAUCUUCAUCUGCAUGAUGCAAAUGGUUGCUCUUGUGGCUGUGACCAUUCUCAUGCAGUUCAUGAGCGACCAGUGUCAGUUGCGGGGUCGUUGUAUGAAGCGCCACAAAUUUCUGUCGCAAGCUCCGUCAAACUCAGCGAUGAUGAAGACUUUGAUACAAACAGCUUGUUAAGUUUGGAUGAAGUUCCGUGCACACCUGUUCCACGAGGUAGACUGCAUUUUGCGUCCAAUUCAACUAAUCGUGACUCAACCCCUGCACCAGGUGCGUUCGCUGCAGCUACAGCAAUUGCCCAAAUGCAUAGAAAAAGGUUGCAUGAGCAACAACAACAACAGCAGCAAGAGCAACAGAGUGAAACAAGUAAGCAAAGAAUGUUGACCUCAUUAGUUGCCACUUCUUUACCAAGGAGUACUGAAGAAACACUUUGUGUUCCAACACUAUUGGCAAGGAUUUGUCAGGCUUAUGGCUAUGAUUCCAAGCCAGCAAUUUUGACGGCGAACGCGUUGGCGACUUUGAAAGAAAACACGACGCAUAAGUCACCAUUUGGUCAGGGGAUCCAUGACCGAUUAUUCAGUCUUUUGAUGAGCCGUGACGAUGUUAUGAAACUAAAUCAAGAUGAGGCAGUUAUGUUUUUACGUAAUAUCGUACACUUUCCAGUUUCUCGAUUGGAUAUUGACCAAUUGAUGACAGUGUAUUUUCAGCAAUGGGGGAAUGUCAUGCCAAUUUUAGACAAAGCUAUGUUUUUGAAAAAUUAUGUGAAAGUCAUGCAAAUUGUGGAGACUGGUUCUGUAUCACCUGAGGAUGAUGGACCUUUUCCUGAACUGAUUGAAAAAUUUGGUGCUUUGAUGGUGUUGUUAUUAAGUAUGGGACUUCUAUCUAGUAAAAAUGUCUACCUCAAACUGGAUAAUGGGCAGAAUUACGUUAUUUUGAUGAAACACUAUGAUAUGUUGAUUCAUGAAUUUAUUAAACCAAAUUGUUUGAUUACUAAACAUUGUUCUAUACAGUCCUUACAAGUGUUGUCCUUAGCACUUCAGUACUGCUUAGCAAUAGGAGACAUCUCCACUUGUUAUGACUUAAGAGGAAGGGUUAUUAGCAUGGCUCAACAGUUGAGGCUACACAGAUGUCCAGCAGCCAUAUUGGGUUUGGAUGUUAACGGCAAAAGUAAUUUGAGCUCACAAAAUUUUAUGCAAGGUGAAAGACGUAUUUUAUUCUGGUGUAUUUACUGCCUCGAUACAUAUUGCUCACUAAACUUGGGGGUACCGAGAUUGAUGAAAGACUAUGAAAUUGAAUGUGCAAUGCCAUUUUCUGGAAAAGGGAAUGAGGGAGAUCUGGAAAAUAGCGAAGAUGAUGAUAAUGUUAAUAUCUUGAUUGUCAACAAUACUGAAUUGACCAUUGUUGGUAAGGUUUCAAAAAUGGCUUUAAGCGUGAUGUUGUUUUGUAAGGUUUUAGCUAGCAUUUUGGAUUCAAUUUAUUCGAGGUUUGACAAUGGUGAAGAUGCUUAUAGGAAAGCAUUGCACAAAGACCGAAUGUUGGAUUGUUGGCGUCGGGAAUUGCCGGUUGAUUUGAAAUUUGAUGUUGAUGUUAGUGGAUUGUCGUUGUCCACAACGGAGACAAAGUAUUACCAAGGAAGCAUCUGGGAGAAUUGCAGUACUCAGCAAUUGACAUUAAUAUAUUUAUACUAUCAUGCUAAAAUUUUGAUUUACUUGCCUAUUAUAUCCAAGUAUGGUAACCAUCACAAUGUUGGGUUGUCACAGAAGGACCAAUUAACUAAAGGAGAAAGUGAUACUACCACCAUUGUUUCCACCAUGAGCUUGGUACAGCAAUCGUCAAGUCAAAUUUUGCAGGUUAUAAGAUCAUCAUCCACAUCCUCUAAUUCGUCGGUGUUGCCAAUACCAAUCAAUAUCGCGAGAGAGCAGUCUUUGCUUACAAUGUUGGUAGCUAAGGGGACUUUAGAUUAUAUAAAGGGUGGUCCGUUAUACAAUAACCUGAAGCAGCUUUUACUUGAUUCAGUGGCUGGAAUAGCAAAUGAUGCAAAAUAUGAAACUCCGGAUUGCUUGAAUAGGAAUUCUGUUAGAUUGUUGGAAUUGUCAAUCAUGAGUAUUCUUGGAAUCAAUUUGAACAAGUUCACUGACAAUUUAAAGAAAAAAACUUCGUCGAUUCCAAUUCAAAAGACUGCAGUCGAAAGAGAACCCAAAUUUGUAGCUGGUAAGCCUUACACUCCGUUCGUUUCAACCCUCAAGCAGCAGCAAAAUGCCGAAUUUGCAUAUGAGGAUCCUAGAUAUAAGGCAGGUGCUGAAACCACGAUCAACUCGCAAGCAAAUCAAGAAACUGACCUAUAUGGUAACCUCGACGACCUUGAAUCGCUAUUGAAAUUUGAUCCAUUUAGUAUCAAUGUUCAUGAUCCAAUGCAUAUCAAUGAGUUUGUUACUGAUGGUUCACUUGGAUUUGGCCCCUACUUGGAAUUGUCCAAUGCAGGCAACGUUGAAUUUGACAACAACCAGUUGUUCAAUAACUUCCACAACUACCGUUCACAAUAG